UUAACCCAUUGUAGUGACUUAUUUGUGCUAUAAAUAAAAAAAUAACCCAAAAUAUACGGUUAAAGGGCAAACUAUAAAUCAGUGGUAAUCAUUGAGUGACUGCAACACACUCCGAGCGUUUGAACUUUCAAUUGUCAACUAAAAUUAUCAGUGUCCAGAAUCUUUUGAAUAAAAAUUUCAGAAUAUGAUUAGUUAAAAAUCCGAUUGUCAAAUACUUGAAUUUAAAAAAUUGCAGAAAAUUGGACAUGUGAUGAGAGAUAUGAUUGAUCUCAAAUCCAUUAAUUUGAUUUAAACUUAAGAAGCAAAAAGCAUGUAUCAUAGCUUUAUUCCAUGAAACAAAAUAUGGAGAAGAAAAAAAACAGCAUUAACGGCAAGUACAAGAAAAAUGGUAAAAUAGGUAAUUAUGAUGACGUCAUCACAACGUGCUGUCUUUGCAUUCAAACAAAAAAGAGUAAAAAGAAAAGUUUGAUAGCUGGAUGUAUAACAAAUUUAGGAAUACUCACAAUCCUUAUUGUUUAUACAUUAGUUGGAGCAUUUAUAUUCCUAGCGAUCGAAGGAAGUGCUGCUAAGGUGCAUCAGAAAACUUUAGCAACGACAUCGUAUCAUGCAAAUGAAAAUAGAAAAUCUAAUCCCUUACCGAAAGUUAACAGCAGCAUCGGACAAGUUAGUGCUGAAUUAAGAACGCAAACAGUAGAAAGCAUUUGGGAAAUAACGGUAUCCUUGAAUAUCCUGUAUAAAGAGAACUGGACUAGACUUGCAGCUCAAGAAAUUGCUAGAUUUCAAGAAAAACUUAUUGCGCGAGUUGCUGCUGACGUCUCUGAACAACAUGGAGAUGUUAGAGCAUUAGAAUUGGCUCCAGCAUUGGUUACUGAUGACUAUGAGUGGAAUUUCGCCAAAGCAUUCCUUUAUUCCUUAACAGUUUUAACAACAAUAGGUUAUGGCAGUGUGGCACCAAAAACAGCACUUGGGAAAGCGGUCACGAUUGGUUAUGCUGUUAUAGGUAUACCACUAACACUAUUAUAUUUAUCAGUGGUGGGAGCGCUCUUAUCUAGACUUGCUCGUAGUUUCUUCAGUCGGGCGUUAUGUUGCUGUUUAUGCUUAAAAUGUGGAUAUUGUUGCCUUGAUAACAAAACAAUAGCUGUGAAAGAAAGGAAAGAAAAAGUAAGGCGUCAGGAUGAUUAUAGAAGUCAAACCUUACAUUUACAAGAACCGUAUUAUGUUCGAUCACCUUCGGGCACAAUUAUUUCUGCAUCACAAGCUAACAGUCUGAGUACAAAUUCUAUUAAAGAUAAGACUCAAGGCUUACAAUUUCUACGUGAUUGUGACUCAAUGAGCUGUGCUGACACUGACUCAAAAAUAUCUCUGCGUCGAUUCUCGAUUCUUGCACCAAUUUCAUUAUGUCUAGCAGCUAUUUUCACCUACAUAUUUUUUGGAGCUCUUGUCUUAUAUCAACUGGAAGGUUGGAGUCCUAUAGAUGGAGUAUAUUUCUGCUUCAUGAGCCUGAGCACUAUUGGUUUCGGACAUUUGGCACCUGGUUUAACUCAGAAAAAUGGUGCUUCUUCUGGUACUAUCUGGUUUUGCUCGAUUUACAUUAUGAUUGGUUUGGCGCUAACAGCUAUGUGUUUCAAUGUUCUCCACGAUGAGAUUGUUCACCGAUUAAGGCACCAUGAGAGAAUACUCAAAGUAAAUAAUCUGAAGAGUUCAACACCUGAAUUUCUUCAGCGAUCUUGACGAGACGAAAGCGGGAAUUUCACAGAAGAGACAGUAGUCAAUUCUGAUGUGGAGACACUCCCCGAAGUGUUGCACCAUAUACCUAAUACUAGGUACGAGGGUAAUACGAUACAUCGAUCCGUUUACACUCUUAAAGAAGAGAAAGAACCAGAACGGGCGACACCAAUGUAAAAAGACGUUCUUUUAAAUCUUUAUAAUUUAAAAGUUGGAAUUCGAAAUUGGAGUUUGAAUUUACAAGAUUUGUUAGGACGAGUGAAUUUUAGUAUAGAUAAAAUGAUUUUGAUAAACAUAAUAAAACGA